CAAACCCCAUUCCUUUAUGGGUACUCCAGAGUGAAAACUCCGACACGCUCCCUGCGUACCUCCGGAAGGAAACCUGCUUCUUUAAUUUGGACCAUACUGUCAACAGAGCUUCCGAAUGCGACACAAUUAACGGUUUUAUCUCGGGCGGGACUUGGAGAAAAGUGAGUCGCGGAGGCGCGUGUAGGGGCAGACGGUAGCAUGAAGCAGGCGGGGGAGGCGCAGGUGGUGACGGCUCACGCGGAAUUAGGAGAACACGGCCUUAAGCAGAUCCUGACUGAUGUGAUCAAGGAGGUGAAGAUAUCCAUUGACAAGGACAUCAACGGAGCAGAUCUGCUGUACACAUUGCUGAAUGCUCCAUGGCUCAAAUCUCUGCUCAAGGUGUAUGAGUUCCUUCAGCAGCACCACAGGAGUCCUCCCUCCCCAGUCCUCCCUCACGCCUCUGCUCUCUGUCACCAGGUGCUGGCAGACCUGAGGUCAGUGGCGGAGCCCUCCCCCGAGGCCCAGGAACUCAACACCCUCCUCCGAGGGUCGCACCUCCAGGCUCUUCUCUCGGCUCAUGACACGGUGGCCCAGAAAGACUACGAGCCCGUGCUCCCGCCCCUCCCCGACAACCUGCCUGACGACGAGGAAGCCACCAGGAUCGUCUGUCUCGUCAAGAACAAGCAGACGCUGGGGGCCACGAUCAAGAGGAAUGAAAGCACAGGAGAGAUCUCCGUCGCUCGCGUCAUCCACGGGGGACUGGCCGACCGCAGUGGUCUCCUGCACGCUGGGGACAGGAUUAUAGAGGUGAACGGUUACCCUGUAGAGGGCCUGGACCCAGAGCAUGUUAUACAGAUACUGGCGCAGUCCCAAGGUACCAUCAUGUUCAAGGUUGUUCCCAUCACAGAGAGAGCUGUUAACAACCAGACCAUGCUGUACAUGAGGGCCAUGGCAGACUACAAUCCCCAGCAGGACUCAGCGAUCCCCUGCGCCGACGCUGGCAUGAGCUUCAGGAGAGGAGAUCUGCUGGAGAUCGUGGAUCAGACAGACGCCCUCUGGUGGCAGGCUAAGAAACUGCCCAGCACCUCGGCCUGCGCUGGUCUUGUCCCCUCCUCCAAGCUGCUGCGGAGGAAACAGAAGGAGUUCUGGUGGUCUCAACCUUUCCAACCUAGCACCUGCAUCAAAACAUUGAGCACUGUGGAAGAGGAAGAAGACUUCCUGGCUAUUGAUGUGAAGGAUGUUGAAGCAGACGAGGAGGCGUUUGAUUCUGAAGAACUAAAAGAAGACGAGGGUGAUUUCAGCAGCACUGAUGGAGUCUAUUUGGCUGGGUUCAGACGCAGCCUGCGUCUCUGUCGGCGGCGGUCACACAGCGCCAACCAGUCGUGCCACUCGCGCUGCGCCAGCGCCCUGGCCAAUCCAUACGAGGAGGUGGUGAGGUAUCAGCGUCAGCCGCAGGACCAGCACCGCGUCAUCGCCCUCCUGGGUCCCUCUGGCGUGGGAGUGAAUGAACUUCGGAGAAGAUUGAUUGAAAUCAACCCAGAUUUCUUCCAGGGACCCGUACCCCAUACUACACGGGCACCCAAGAGCUAUGAAAAGUCUGGCCGGGAGUAUCACUUCAUCGGCAGAGAAAUGUUUGAGAACAUGAUGUUCAACCAGAGGUUCUUGGAAUACGGGGAGUACAAGGGCCACCUCUACGGCACCAGUCUGGACGCUGUGAAGGACGUUCUGAGCAGAGGGAAAAUGUGUGUCAUUGACAUCGAGCCUAAAGCCAUCCCAUACGUAAGGACCCAUGAGCUGCGGGCCUACAUCAUCUUUGUGAAGCCUCCCUGUGCAGAACGUAUGAGGGAGACCAGACAGAAUGCCCAGAUCACCCCCAACUACUACGUCAACAGACCUUUCAAAGAAGAGGACAUCCAGGAGAUCGAGGAUGCCACCAGGAAGAUGGAAAUGCACUUCUGCCAGUUUUUCAACCACGUGAUUGUGAACGACGAUCUGCAAGAUUCGUGCUUGCAGCUACUGACAGCCGUGAGGAGGGCGCAGGACGAACCCCAGUGGCUGCCAGUCAGCUGGAUACGCCCCACCGACCAAUCCUGAAAGACCUGAGGAGACCAGGGUCAAGGAAGGAAGAGGAGAAGGGAUGUGAAAAUAGAAACAGCAAGGGGCAGGGAAGAUGGAGGAGAAGAGAGGGCGAGGGGAAAAGGAGAGGGGGAGAUGGAGAGGAUGAGAGGAGAUGGUGGAGACGAGAAUGAGAGGGGAAGAUGGAGAGUAGGAUGAGAGCCAAAGACAGAAGUGACCGGAAGAAAAGAUGCAACCAUGGGACGAAAGGACGAAUAAAUCAAUUCUUGAACAAGAUGGAUUAGGGAGUGGGUGCAUGUUGUGGAUUAACUCAAUUUUAUUUUUGUUUUGAUCUAGCGUAUGACUUGGAUUGUGAGUGGAAGAGAGUUGACAAGGAUAAUGUCCAGAAGUGAUUUAGUGCUUAUUCAUGUCUGUUGACAACUAAAUCCCCAGAGUUAAGACAGGGUUGGACCCAGCCCACAACAGAAUGUUUUCCUUGCUGAUACUCUGGGUCAUCUUUUCCUGUCCUACAGUGACCCAGUUCACCCCCUCUCAAUCACUGUGUUUACAUGUAGAGCUAAAUUGUAUUUGGGCUUUGUUGUUUGUGUUUUUCAUAUAGCCUAUGGAUUGUCAUUCCAUGCCAAAGAAUUAACAGCAUGAUGUGUUUUUGAGUACAAAUUGAAAAUGACUAGAUUUUUGAGCCAUAAGCCACAGUUUGUGUCUCACUCAUUUAUAGCGAUUAGUUUGUGUUACAGUCUGUCUUACUACUGACAAAUACCCAAUGUUAUUUGGUUUUAUCACAAGAAUGCUGUACCUGAUAUCGUUUUUUUACGAUUUUGAGCCUGUAUUCAAGUUUAUGGAGCAGAUAGGCCUAAUUAAAAACUAUUAGACAUAAAUUGUAUAGUUUUUGAAAGCGUGAAGCAUUGAACAAAACAACAUGUUUAAUGUGGUGAG